ACGAGUGCUGCCGCGGUGGCCAAUUUGUCGUUCCAGAUUUGUUGAUUUCGGCGGCCAUUUUGUUUUUUCUUAAAUAGGCCCGUAUAUGUUUACUUUAUUUUCUUAUUAAUUAUCAAUAUUUGAGCUUUUUUAUGGUGUUUUUCGUGCUUAGCUUUUAAAUUAACCCUAUGGUUAUCUAUUUCCAGUCAUUUUGUCUUAAUAUUGUUACCAGAUUUCUUUCUCUCUCUUGCCUAGGAACUGUCAAAAUGGUUAAUUUGUUAUUUUAAGAUAUAUUUAUCAUAUUAAGUAACUCAGUUUAUUACAGGUGAGAUUUCCUUCAGUAACCUGCUUUUUUUCCCAUCAAAAUACCCCCAUUUGUUUGUAAAAUAUCAAUUAUGGGGUAUGGCUUGGGACCCUUUUUCUGAAGAAAUUACCAGUAUUAUUGGUUAUCAGUUGGAUUUUCUUCAUCGUGAACUAUGAAGGCUAGAAUGAGAACAUUUCGGCUGUCCCCACUGUCAACUGUAAUAUGCUGCGUUUUUUAGAGAGAUUUUGAGAGAGAUGAAAGUUUUUAUCGGUGGCCAGAUAUCCAUGAUCAACCAGCUGAUUCAUGUGAUUUUGAACCAGAUUUCAACCAAACUGUACCCCAAUUCCUGCAAAGUGCUCUUGAAAGUUUUUCUCUCUUAGAGCAAAAUACUGGACUGUCUAGUGAAAUCAUGAAAUCAGCUAAUGACCGUCUUGACAAAAUGAAGAAGGAUAAAAGAGCAGUGAAAAGAAACAAAGAAUGUUUAGAUGAAGCUUGGUUAGAAAUGGAACAAGAGGUCUUCUCUGCAUUUGUUUGUUCAAAAGCCUGUUUGAAAAAAGAAUGUGAAUCCUGCUUUGAGAAACACGAAAUCCUGAUUAAGUGUUAUCACUGUAAAAAGCAUUUAUGUGCUCGAUGUGAUUUAGUUCCUCACUUAAAUAGUCCUUUUCAUCAAAGAACAGUUUUUUUUUAUUGAUUUCACAUCAAAACAUCUGUUGUCUCAUGAAUUUAUAGAUCCCAAAAGUGGAGUUGUUUUUCAGAAAGAAAUAGCUGUUCCUGUUUUUAGUCGAAAUUCCUGCAAAAAUUGUAAUCAGACUGGAACUGUUUCCUCCCUAGCGGGAUCUAAACCAUGUAUUGUGGUCACUAUGGAUGGAAGAUUUGAUUUGUACGAAUCAGUAUUUCAGUGUAAAAGUUGUGAUUCAAUUUACCCUGCAGAAAUUCAAGACUACAUUGCGUCUGGUUACUUUCCUGGAAACCCCAAAAGAACGAAUUUUUUUAUUUCUUCUGAUCUCUCAGAGUUUUGGUUUCAUCUCAAGUAUUUAACACCUGGUACCUCCGAACAAAAAUUUCUUGAAACAUUAUCUGCCAAAUCACUCAAGGCAGGAAGGAAUGGUACAAUAAAUACUCCGCUUUUUAACAAAGCCGUGAAGGCUUAUGAAUAUAUCAGUCACUUAGUUGAUACCAAAAUUUGUAAAAUGGAGAAGCGGCGAUGCAGAUCUUGCACUCCAUUUCAAUUGUCGUGCCAUCCUGAUGGCGAUCACAAGUUAAUCAAAAGAAGACGCCUCAAUGAACGAGUUAAAAGGUCAUGGUACGGCGAUGCCAUAAUUAUGCGGGAUGAAGACUUUGAUGUCUUAAACAAAAAAAUCAACAGUUAUAAACCGCAAGGGAAAAAUACAAUAGGAGCUCAAAAAUGUGGAAACUCGCAGUUUGAGGCUGCCCGAGAAGUUUCGAAACGAUUUAAGGGGUUAGAGGUAACCGGCAACGUAAUGACGUCCUGUGGGCAUGGCGUAAUUCAGUGCUCAAUUGACAUGCACGAAGGGGAAACCUUCCGUCAUACCUUUGCAUCUCAUGUUAAAGUGCACUCACUGAAAAACCAAAAACAGCAUAAGAAUUUAAAUAUUACUGAAACCGAAAAGAACACUGAAGAUGAAUCUGCAAACACCGUUUUUUUUGGACAUAAAUUUUUUGUCAACGACGUCGUGUGUCAAUACUGGCCAUUCGCGAUCAAGAUGGGAGAGCUAUCAGAGGCCUACUCAUAUCUUACUUCUGAUAUGGUCCCUUUCCUCUCUCGGCUACACGGCCAAGCGCAUAGCUGGCCAUGCCAAAUCCUACAUUUUGGUCAUUGGAGAGAUGGAUCAGCUGGAACUUUAGGAGAAGAACAGGAACAAGUAUUUUCUACUUUUUCAAGCUAUAGUAAUUCAACAAAAACAAUGGGAGCAGCAAACAGACGAGAUUUUUUAACCGGAGCAAUGUUUUAUUGGAACGGCAGAAAAGAAAAAGGAAUUGCUCGUACUCUCACUAGACGAAUGCUGAUUGCUAUAUAUAGAGUUCAGUUUUAUCAUGAAAGACUGAACAAAUUACUAUCAGCGAAAAAAAUGAAAUUGUCUGAAUUACCUGUAAUUCAAGCUUCGUUGGAAGAAGAGGCCCGUGUUGCACGAGAGAAAGAGAAGAUCGUCAAAUUAAAGUGGGAUUACCUAUCGGAGUUAAAAAGUGAACUGGAACGAAUUCACUUCCAACACGUAACUUUGCACGACAGAAUUUCGAGUGUGGCAGUUUCUUGCAAAUGGCGAACUAAACUUAGAAGAAAGCAAACUUUAUUAAAAGCGAAAGCUGUUACAGUAAUGAACGACAUACACGACCUGGCUAACGUUAUGGUGACCGAGCAAAAUUUCUUGGAUGGCGUUUUUCCGUGGGAUUCUAACCAAAACGUUUCGUUCAAGGAUAACUUCAAAUUAGUUGAUUUGGAUGCUGUACAAACGAAACACAGAACAGAUUCUUCAAUGCAAACUAGAAAUGUCACAAUUCAUCACAACAAUCAGUGAAGAUAUUUUGUCGAUGCAACAUGAAAUAAGAAACUACAACUCGACGAAUGAAUUCUCUUUCUCUGUAAGCAACUGCCCAAUGAAUAUUUCUGUAUUUCAACAAUCUGAAAUAGUCAUCAAAAUGCAAGAAGUGAAACGUCUCGAAAUGUUAUUGUCAGACUCGCUCGCCUUAAAACAAUACUUUUAUGAAGAAAAUUUAGAUGAUGAUGAUUUGGUUUUCGAAGAUGGUUGUAUGGAUGAUUAUAUUGCUGAUGGUGAUGGUAUUGACAAAGAUGAUUUAUGUGAUGAAAUUGAAUGUUCUUCCGACGAUGAAUUUUAAAUACAUGAGAUGAUUCGUGUUUUGAUUGAA